CUCACUGGGUCAGGCAUCACUGUUUCAGCCACGUCUCGACCAGUCUAGAGCUGCCAGUGUUGGUUGUGCCAGAGGAGGUGCUCUGUGUGCUCCAUCGCAAUUGGCCAUGGAGCUCAAUCUUUGCGCAGUCGAGGCUUUCAUUGGAAAGAAAGAGCUGGAGAUGUGUCAGGAAGCGCUUCUUUGACGACCGUAUGUUGCAACGAACACAUGCAAUUUGUCGAGAACUGUGCGUUUCUGGCACCGACAUCCGAUUGCCACAGGGAUGGCCGCUAUCGGGCCAUUGUCGCAAUUCGAUAUUCGGUGCAUAGCGACCCGUCUAAGCGGGUACAUAAAGGCGAGCCUCGCUUGUCUUGAAGUUUCUCUCAUCCCUCGGGCCUGGUAGCUUGGUCGCCUUUCCUUCUCUCUCUCGUCUCUCGUUGUUUUCGUUACUUUUUUCUUUCCCCCUUCUCCCACUUCUCCGGGCCGGCCCGUCUUCAAGCAUCUUCCCCUUCCUAGUUCGCUCCCCAGUCUGAGACUAUCUCCUUUGUCAAGACAAGCUCGUUCGUUGAUAUCCACUAGCCACCAUGUUCAAGAGUGCUUUCGUUCUUUCCCUUGCUGUCUCGUCGGCAUACGGUCAUGCUUUCAUCAACUCCGUGUCCGGUGCCAAUGGUCUCUCCGCUGUAGGGUUGGGUGUUGCUACUAACGGUGAAGUUGCACGUGGCGGCACCGACGAGCAACCUUUCCAGCUCGAUACUCCCGUGCUCAAGGACACGACUACCGAUCCUUGUGGCGCUACGCUUCUUGCCGGCUCGAUUGACAUCGCGUCAUCGAUGACCAGCACGGCCACUAACGGCCAGUACCCGUCGAUCCCGUCCAACGGCACUUUGACAAUGGGUGUCUUCCAAGUCAACGCUGACGGUGGAGGACCCUUCUCUGCCGAAGUCAGCACCGACGCGACCGGUACUUCAUGGCAAACCCUCUCCGUUACAUCCCAACCCCCCGGUGUUAACGGUCUCCUACACGAUGGUCCUGCGAACUCCAGCAUUACCGUCGAAGUUCCCAGCAACGUUACGUGCACUGGUGGAACGAACGGCAACGCCUGCCUCAUCCGUAUUAACAACGGUGGCCCUGACACUGGUUCGUUUGCUAAUGGUGCUGGCCCCUUCGGUGGAUGUGUCGCUGUCCAACAGGACACCACUGGCACCGCUUCCUCUUCUGCGGCCUCCACCAGCGCUACCUCCACGACUUCGAAGAAGACCAAGACCAACAAGAACAGCAAGAACAACCGCGAGAUUGCUGGCAAAGAUCUUGUUGACUUGUUGAAGAAGCGCCAGGAGAUCGACAGCGCCAUCCUUGCCAAGAGGCAGACCCUUACCGCUCACAUGAUUGACGAGCUCAACACUGCUACCGACACCGCUAUCGACAUCCCCAUCGAUGCUCUUGCCGGUGCCAACGACGAGGAUGCCAACGGCGGUAACUCCACCACCGGCAAAUCUGGUACCGCCGUUCUCAGCACCCAGCAAGCCAUCGACCUCAAGAAGGCUGUCGCUGAGGCCAUCUCGAAUGCGUUCCACGUUAUGGCUAGCUCCCAAGUCGACGCCGGUGACUUCGGUACCGAUGAGGACUCUGUCAACUCUGCCAAUGCCGCUGCUGCGUCCUCGCUCUCGGCUGGUGAGGUGACUUCCAUCAACGCUGGCAAUGCCGGUGUUGGUGCUGUCAACACUGCUAACGUCGCCUCGCUUCUCGGUGGAUUGAACACUGCGCUCGCCGACAUCACUGGCGCUGCUGAUGCUACCGCGACCGCCACUGCUACCUCCGCAGCAGCAGCCACGACAACGGCCGCCUCUAAGAAGGGCAAGACCAAGGCUGCUGCCGCUGCCGCUGCUGCCGGCAAGAACAAGUCGAACAACAGGAGAAUGUUCAGGUUCAACCGCUUGGCUCGUGAGGAUUAAGUUUAAAUGUCUUUCUCUGAGGGUUUUUGGCGGUGGAAUGUCUUUCUUACGUUGUUUGGUUUGGUGUCUAUUUAUUGCAUGAUCUUGAUAGGGGUAGUGUUGUACGAGGCUGGGCGUCUUCCAUCUUUUGUUUCUUUCGUAUCAUCAUCUACUUCUUUGGAAGCAAUGCGAUCUAUGCUUGUUGUGGGAUCCAAUGCUGGGUGUUUUCA